CUGAUAUACCAGUAAACGUGACGAGAUCGACUGAUCAAGUAUUGAAUGAACUUCAAAGGCAUAUGGCAUCUCUCUCCACUAAAGUCUACGCCCACGAAAAACAGCUUCUAUCAUUUGAAUCCUUCUAAAAACAAAGCUGUUGAUGUUGUUGAGGAAGUUCGAGAAAUAAUCUCGAAUUUUCUAGGUGAGCGAGCUGAAGAAGAGAAGGAAAGGGGCUUAGCUGUUGAGACUGGUCUUACAGAAUUGGGAGAAAGAUUCGAGAGCUUAGAACAAAAAUUCACAAAGCUAGAAAGAAAACUCGAAGAAAAGAUCGAUUCAAACUUUGAUGGACUGAAGCUGAUGCUUUCAUCUCUUCUUCCAGCUUCCGCUGAAGAGCCUCAAAAAUCUAAAGAUUGUAUACUAGGGACAGCCGAAGAACAGAAUAAGAGUCCCUGCAAAGAUAGCCCAACCGAGUCAACUAGAGAUCUAGAGGAAGCAAAAGAUGAUAAAGAUCCUGAGACUCUAACCCAGGAUCCUCUGUUGGAACACCAGAAUUCCGAAGAUCACCCUGAUGCUAGUAGUAGCAUAACGCCAAAAACUUCAGAUCCCUCUCCGAAAGGAGACAACUUAAGGGACUAAAGUGUCUCGAGGUUUAAAGCAUUCUUGAUAUGCUCCCCCUCCUCUUUAGCUUUAAACAGAAAAUCCUUCUGAUUAA